AUGUAUAUAUAUAUAGAGAGAGAGGGUUUGUGUACGUGUUUGAGGGGGGAAAAUAAAGGGAGGGAACAAAUGGAUUAUACGGGAAUGAAUGAGGUCAUUGCGCAUUAUGUGGAGAAGCAGGGGCCGCGAAGAUCAUCCGCCGCAAUGAAGCGUCCCAGGCCAUCGACUGAGGAUUCGGCACCUUUGCGUGAGGCUCUCAAGAUGUUUGGUCAACGUGCCACUGCACUAGACGCGGAGCUUUCCACCCUUGACAAACCCCCUGUUGCGUUUCAAGGCAAAUUGUGGACCCUUGUACUUGAGUUGCGGCCGUAUUUCCUGGUGGCACUCUCGUCGAAUGAAUUGGAGAUUCCUGAAGAGAUGAAAAAAUUGUGUCAAGCAGAGGAUCCGCAUCGAUUAUUGAGGUAUGUUUGGCUUGCCCUUCGCAUUUAUAUCAGUGUUGCCCGCAUUGCGGCGGUAGUUCCGGGCGUCCUUCUGCAUAGCAUAUUGACUCUUUUUUCAUUGCUGCCCGUGUUUGGAGCGCCAUCUCUGCUAGCUGCAACAGAUGAAAAGAUGCUCUUUAAGGGGAUUAACCAGGCUCUUAUUGUGCUUUCUCAUCGUUACCCGUCCGUGUUCCAGCAACUUCUUCACACGCUUUUGCGAGAAGACACGAUGGGUGCCUUUAUAUUUUCUCCAACCCCUGGUAGAAGGCGAUCCUACGGCCGCUGCUUAAUUGAGUUGUGUGAUCCACCGGUGGUGCAUGGGGUCCCUUUGGGUGCCGGAUCAUUGUUUGCAUUGAGCAUCGUUUCUAGUAGUGUUUACGAAAGCGUAUGCGUGGCACGUGGAUUUUGCGAAAUAAUGACGGAUCUAUUUAAAAGUAACGUACCGUUUCAACCGACGUUGGGCGAGCGGGGUGUGUUGUUUCGUUUGGCGUGCAGUCUUCUUACUGUAGACUUCCAUGAGGGUCCGAUGCCCAGGUUGGUGAGUGGGUUUAUUGAGCCGCUGGAAGGUGUUUCCGGUGCAUAUCCGUCAGAUGAAAAGGAGCCCAGCUUAUUGAACCUGUUUCAAACGAGUGCUGGGGCCACCUUGUGUGUGAUGAUGUCUCAUGGAUUCUUCAUUAAAUCGAUUCAUGGGCCUAUGCUCUUUUAUACGUUGACACAGCACCUAUGUGAGAUGUCAUUUGCAAAGGAAAUGAUGGAUUUGAACGUGACGUGGGAACUGGAGCUGCUUCGUUGGCUGACGGAAACGAGUGUGACGAGUGGUGAUGCAUCGACGUCACCUGUCAUAGGGAAAACGAGGGAAACGGAUAUUUCGGAUGGGGUUGAAGGCAUCUCUUUGCCUCAUAAGUGGCUAGAAAAUUUAUUUUUAAAACCAAGGGUACUGAACGAUGUCAUUCGUGCUCUGAUUGGGUGUGUUCAUAGACAAGCCUCAUCAGAGUCGAUUGAAGCGGGUACGAUAUUGUUAAAAUUGCUCAGGGAGAUGAUGCCACAGCACAGUUGUAUGCCUCGUCUCAUAGAAGAGGCGUUUUAUGGCAUGGCUGCGGAUAUGAUUAAUGCAUUGCUGGAUGCUCGGAUCCUGCAGCCGAUGCUGUGGCUUGCCGACGCGUCCCCCAGGCUGGGCGUAUUGCACCAACUGAUAGAACUCUUUCCUCUGGAUACUGUGCGGCCAUUUAUCCAACGACAUCUUACACUCCGUUAUGGAAAGGAGCCGGCGGACUCACACUUGUUGGCUACCGCAAAUGCGUCCGUCGUGCUCCGCGACGAAAAAAGCAUACAGUCAACGCUUUCAGAGGCCUGGGAACGCCUGGCGAAUGGGGAAAGUGUCAUUGCGGCGGACGCCGUCGUCAUUCUUCUGCGGUCGGCGGAGGAAAUUGACAUGGAAUCGAUGGCGCGGGGUUUGCUAGAGGCGAUGGCUGGAGGAACUGUGACUCUGCGUCAUCUGGAUUCCCCGCCACACGUAGCAUUGCUUUACUCAGCCCUGCUGGAAAGAUUGCCCAUCAGCAGCGGCAGUGGCUGCGAGGCCUUGUGUUUCAUGAAGAAGGUGAUGCGGUCACGGGGGGAAAACUCAGACCUGGCAUUGUGGCGUACCAUCGGUGUUCUUCGCGGCUUUAGAAAACGCAUUGCUCAACAAUGUCGAUCCAGAAUUUUAGUUGCGGCCUCGCCGUGCUGGGCCGAGGUGGAGGCAAUCAGUGAUGCCGCAGCUAUCAUGCUGACUACAUUGGGGGAAAUCAGUGAAGUGCUUGAAAUGAUUGCCUUAAGCAUCUCGGAUUUGUCGUUUGAGGAGAGUGCGAGUGACGAAGCGCCUAUGCUGUUUUGGCAGCAAAUGGUGGCGCUCGUGACCGAUACGGUUUCCAUAACGGAGUGGCUGCGUUCCCAUUUGUCUGCUUGUGGCAAUGGGGAAGCUGCAACGGCCUCGGAGGUGAUUGUCCUGGACGACGAGGAAGAGGAAGAGACGGCUAAAAUGCCGGAAACCCUGAACCUUGAAGAUGGUGUUUUUAUUGUCGCUUCAAGCAAACGAUGUCGAGAACAGCCGCACCGCCAGCGCUCCAGUAAAGCAGAAAAGGAGGAAGGGGAGGAGGGGGAAGAAAAAAUGAAUAGUGACAGCACCACCAGAAACAAUAGAGGUGGUGGUGUUGAGGCGGUGUUGCGUGGCAUCAGCGCACCUCUGGAGGCAAUUGGCUGGGCGGGACGCCAAUUCCUCAUUGCCAGGUCUUCACUAGGGUCUGAUGCGCUCAAUGACACGCUGCUGUCUUUUGUUUGCCUGUGUGUGGCGCUUUCUCCCGUGCGGUGGGAUGCCAUGGAGGAAAUAAUUCUGUCACGUGGCUUGAAUCACAGCAAUUGCAUCAUUCGUCGUGGCUACGCGGCGUUAGCGUUGCGCAUAUUUUUUACUCGAUGGGACGACGAGAGCAUUACGCAUAUGCUUUCAGACAAUUUGUUGCGUUUUGAAGAGAAUGAGGCGGAGAAACAGCAUUUCUUCUUGGAAACGCUUCAGGCCGCCUUUACCGGCGAGUUUCAAACGGUUCUUGCGCGUCAGGGUAUGUACCGUGACGUUUCUUCCUUUGCUAUUGCGUCCCUACCGCUGGUAAUCGCCCCAACACGGCAUAAAGAACGGAGUCGCAAAGCCUGCAGCAGUGUUCUUGAGGUGUGCAUUAAAAUUUGGGAAAAAAAUGACUUCACGCUUCCCACCAAAUCUGCUGCGUUGACUGCGGCUCAUGCCAUCAUGUUGCACCUCUCGUGGUCGGUGGCUGAUUUGUGCUGGAGAGAUGCUGAAAUGAUUUACACUUCUUUUUUUAAGGCCAUGUGCGACUUGGAAGAAAGCGAUGUACGUGAGGUCGUCCUGGCUAGUCUCGAGGAUUUGUUGCCCCACUGUGUACUUUCCGACGGCGGUGAGGAGAAGCUGCAACGAAUAGCUGCACUUCUCUGGGAGACGCUUUCCCCGGGCGGCAUAUUUUCUAGGGUCAUGGCACACAUUUUGUUGGAGUAUGCCCGUGAGUCAGUGUCGGUGAAGCUAGAGAAGGUGCAGAAAUUGUUGGGAUUUCUUUCCAGGCCUUUGGAGGAGUUGCCAGAGAUGGUGGCCCACUCGCGUGAAUCGCUUAUUGUCAGCCUUAUAUACCUCGAGGCUGGGCGUCGGCUCCGCGAAGCGGGCUCGCGGCGUGAAACCAUGGAUACGGGUCUUAAAAAGGACAAAAGAGAGAAUGUUGGUGACGGUGUUCUCUCCAACUUCAACCUUGCAGUGGAAAUGGCGCUCGCCAUUGUGGAGUGUGGUCCGUUGACGGAAAUGAUUCUACAAGCGCUGGUGACACCGGUGACAAUAACGACAGAAGGAAGGGCGCUGACGAAAGAUGUCUUUUACGUAUUGGAUGCCAUGGCGGAGCUGGUGGGCCUCAGUAAUGGACCCUUGAAGAAGAGUCACCACGUCCCUAUAUGCAUUGUACGGCGGUGCCUAUGCAGUCUGUCAUUGCUAAUACGCUUUCUUGGUUCUCAUGCGACGUCUAUCGCACCCAAGUUGCCGGCCAUUUUGGAGCACUGUAGUGUGCGGUCACAACUGGUGCGACCAGUGUGCGCCGUCUGGCGUGAUUUAAUUGCAAAUUGCACAAAGGAAUACCUUAAAGAACACUCUCCUGCUAUUGUUGUGGAUCUACUGAGCAUGGAGCAGCUGGCAGAGGGUCACGGCAGAAGUCGUGGUUAUGAUGAUUGUGAUGAUGAGGGCGAUCCCUUGCCUUUGCUGGAAGAGGCCAUGCGUAUCGUGUACGAAAGUUCCUCGCAGGAGGCUUUCUGGGAGUCGUAUUUCAAGGUGAUGGGUAAGACAAAUGUGCUUAUUCAUCGAUUGGGGGUGAAUGGCGGCAAUACAGUUUCCGCCGCAGAAUCAUUGAAUGUGGAAAAUACUCCAAUAAUUACUGAGCGUAACGCCACCGUUGUUGUUGCUGGCUUCCUGUCGGUGAUGCACUCAAGCUCUACCAAGUGUAAGGAGGUGUUUGUCCGGGCCCUGUAUCAAUAUCUCUCCAAAACUGAUAGUGCUGGCCGGAUGGAAAUGACGCGGGCAGCUGGGGCGAGUCCGCAGCUCAUUCCUACGCUGCUCAACUGCGCGUGUGAGCUGCGUGACGACCAUAUCGAGUACAUUUUGGCUUGCGUGGGCAUGAUUGGUGCCGCGGCGCACUCACACGCUCCACUGCUUGCAACGGGGAGAGAGCUUACGCCGCGUGAGGGUACAAUUUCGUUUUCUGUGAAGAGCGGCCGUAGUGCGGCUUUGCGGGGCAUGCAGUUCCUGCCAGAGGACGUACUGGACUGGCGCACUCUGGCGCACAAAUUGCUCAGUGUCUACUGUCCACGGGCUCUUGCGAAUACUGCGGACCCUACAAUGCAUGACCGUGCUGCCUACGCCGUGCAACAGCUCUUGCGUGUCUGUACGGACGCUGAGCGGCAACCGCUUGAUCGGCUGCCCCUCCAAACUCAGGAGGUAUUGCACGUUGAUGAGCUCAAUCAAUAUACAUGGUGGUCGCACCUGGAGCCGACGUGCCGGCAGAUGCUGGCGGGAUACACCACUACUCGCUACGACAAGCGUGUCAUCACGAAGACUGAAAGACGCAGCCCGGUGUACUUCUCUAAAAUGUCCUUUUCCGAGUGGAUGGACUCGUGGUUCUGCGACCUUGUCGAGCGCUGCGAGGGCGUUUUUGGGCGCAUGAUGGGUUCUUUGCGCAACAUGGCUAAGGGCGAUCAUGCCCUCAUUACGUUUCUUUUGCCGCUCAUCAUCGUUCAUCUUCUGCGGGCAGGUAAUGCUGACCAUUGCAACGCGGUUUUAUUAGAGGUGAUGAAUUUGCUCCACGCUGCGUCACCAGGUGCGUCGCACGGGAAGGAGCAAUCAGGUUCAAUCUAUUCGCAAAGCAUCAUGAGGGAGGUGGUCACACCAGGGGCUCGGGCCACUGGUGUAGAGGAACAUGUGCAAGAGGUAUUUCACAUACUGGAGGAUAUUGAGCACCUGCGUUUGAAUUUGAUUCGCACCAUCCAUCAACUGAACGCGCAGCGUGUGGGAAAUGUGGACCAAAGUGAAAUGAUGCGUGUUGACGAUGUCUGCAAACAGUUUCUUCUUCAAGUGGAUUGGACAACACGGGCCAAGGCGGCUGUAGCCAUUGGAAGCAACGUGCGUGCGUUGAGAUGCAUCGAGAGCCAACGUUAUUUGCCAUCCAUUCAGGAUGUGAUGCAAAAAAACAUCUCUCUUCAACGUAUUUUUGCCACCCUCGGCGACAGGGACUCUUCAAGGAGUCUCCACCGCACACAGGAGCACCAACUAGAGGAUGCGGCAUUUUCAUAUGAAAACAACGGAGAAUGGAGUCUGGCGCUUCAGGCAAGCGAAUUGGUGCUUCAGCAGCGUCCUAACAGUAUCAAUCAUCAGUUUACAGCGCUGCGUUGUAUGCAACAGCUUGGGCAAUUACACCUCAUGUCUCGUUACAGCCAGGCUUUGCUGCUCCAAUCUUCACGUGUGCCAGCUGAGCAUAGAAAACAGGAUAAGCUUUUUUUGGAGGCAAGGAUGGCAGCAUUGCAGAACUACGCGAAUGAGGCAGCGUGGCGCCUUGGUGAAUGGAAGAAUAUCCAGACUCGCCAGGAUCUCCCAGUGAGUCUGGCGCCACCCAUUGUGGCGUUCAACAACUUACUUUGCAAGAGAGGGACGCUGAAGGAGGUGUUCUCCGCCUGUAAAGUGCAGCGACAGAAAAUCGCCCCUGUUAUCCGUGCAGCUUUUAGGGAGAGCUACGCUCAAGUAUAUCAGCACGUGGUUGUACUUCACGCCUUAACGGACAUUGAAACUGCAGCAGAGACCGUGACAUCUUUGCGAGCCCCACCGGCAGGCUCCGAUGGGAAAAUGAUUUCUGUUCAUGAUGACUUCCUUAAGAACGCGGCAUGCCUUCGGGAGUUUGGAUCCCUGCUGCAACAACGAGCUAGACUAACCGAGUCCACACCGGAAACAAAAGAACUUUUGAUGUCUCUCCACCGAUCCAUUUUUCGGGCGUUUGAUAUGAAGGAAGAAGUGACGAAUACGUGGAUGCAGCACGCGAAAAUGUUGCGUGAUGAGGGGUUCCUGGAGGCAGCACUUAGUGCGGCAAAGCAGGCAAGUUUUAGUGAUGGUUUUCUUGACCCAUCGCACUGCACCACAGUGGCGAAGCUACUGUACGAGAUGAACAUGUCUAAUCAGGCCAUUGAAUUUGCCGAGGAUGCUGUCAACAAUAAGCUCGUUCCGCUAGCCAUUCGAGCCAAUUUGCGGGUGCUUGUCACACGGUGGAGGCAGGAGACGGGAUACCAAACCUCUCGGGAGGUGAUUGCGGGGUAUGAGUCGGCAUUGAAAAUGAGUGACUCUGAAAAGGCCCACCAUCAUCUUGCGUUGUUUUACGACACUUUAUACCGCUCUAUUCAGAGUCCUCUGCAGGAGUCCGGUCUGGUUUUGAGUGCCUCUUCGGAUGACAUGGAGGAUAAAAAGAUGGUACGCAAUGUCGAGUCGUAUGUGUUACAGGCGAUUCAUCAUUUUGGGCUGGCGCUAAGACGGGGCAGUAAGACGAUGAUUGUCUCCCUACCCCGCAUGCUCACACUGUGGCUUAAUUGUUCCGCCAUCCUCGCCACGCUGACCGCGAGGUCCGGCUCCAUCUCUGCCCUUGCGGAUUCGGUGCUUAAAAAAAUGAAUGAAAUGAUGGAGCGUUAUCUCCUUCAAAAGGACACAAAAUUGCCUGCCACGCAACUCAUCACGGCCCUUCCACAGUUGUUGUCUCGCAUUGGUCAUGAGAACACUCGCGUGGUUGGGAUUAUUACAGGUACGGUUGUCAAUCUCAUGAUGGAGUUUCCUCAACAGUGUCUGUGGCAAGUGCUUCCCAUUGUUUUUAGCAAACAACACCACCGCAGAGAGACGGUGCACAAUGCGAUUGUCCUUGAGUUUGUGAAGCGCGUCCCGAGUGAGAAGAAGCUUGUUGAAAACAUGCUUUCUUUCUUCAAGUCUUUCAUUGAACUCUGCAACUGCCCCGCUACAAGUCUUACUGGUGGCCGCUCAUCGUCGGAGGUGUCGAUUGCUGGGCAGUCAUUUAUGCAGCGCAUUCAGCGUAUUCUUCCAUCGACACGAAUUAUUCUUCCGACGAUGGCCAACCUUUCUCCAAAUGUCAUGCACGUGGCAGAGAACAGCUCUGUCUUUGCAGGUUCUGCAGCAUUUAAGAGUUUGGAGGAUCACGUGACUAUUAUGAGUUCUCUUCAAAAGCCUAAGCGCAUAACCGUAGUCAGCGAUGAGGGUGAGCGGGUUUUAUUUCUUUGUAAGGCGAGAGACGAACCACGAAAGGACAUGCGAAUGAUGGAAAUUGCUUCAUUGAUGAACACUUUCUUUUUGACGGAUCCGGAGCCGAGACGCAAGCGAUUUGCGCUACGUCGGUACGCAGUUUCCGCUCUCAGUGAUGAUUGCGCCAUUAUCGAAUGGGUCAACAACCUCAGUCCCUUUCGGAGGGUGGUGGAGGAUUGUUAUGCAAUGGACGGCACGGGUGUACGUGUUUCUCAGGUGAAGGUGUGGAAAUCCAUGGUGGACAGCGGGUCCCUCAGCAAGAUAGAUAUGCUACAGAAGCAUAUCUUUCCCAAAACGAGGCCGGUUCUGCACGGCUGGUUUCACCGUCACUUCCAUAGUCAUCAGGAGUGGUUUAAUGCACGGAACAGUUACACGCAAGCAACGGCACUUUGGAGUAUUGCGGGGCAUAUCGUUGGUCUUGGCGACAGACAUGGUGAGAACCUCAUGUUGGAUCUGCGUUGUGGGGAGCUCAUGCAUGUGGACUUUGCGUGUCUAUUUGACAAGGGUGAGUCACUAGAAGUCCCAGAGCGGGUGCGCUUUCGCCUGACACAAAACGUGGUUGACGGUAUGGGGAUACUUGGCGUUGACGGACCCUUCCGCGCAUGUUGUCAGGUGGCCCUUCGGUGCCAAAUGAAGAACAAAACCGCUGUCAUGAGUGUCGUUGAAACUUUACUUUAUGAACCUCUUGUUGAGUGGACGCGGCAUUCGUCUUUGCGUCAGAGGAAUUUUGAUCCCAAACAGCUGAUUGGGCGCGUCUCACGACGUCUGGAUGGUUUUCUUGAUUUGUACAGUCCUACCCGCGAGAAGGACACGUUUGCGCUCAGUUGUGAGGGCCAAGUCUCGCGCUUGAUUAGCCAUUCCUCCGCUGUUGAAAAUCUUGCCGAGAUGUACGUCUGGUGGAUGCCGUGGUUGUGA